AUGUCGGACCACAUUUCCAAGAACGACCAGACCAAGGUUGGCCGCACCGAUACCACUGGUAUCAGCCUCAAGCCCGUCACUGACGCCACCAAGCUCGUUCUUGAGGAGGCCAAGACCAUCGUUGCCAAUACUAACGGCAGCGACAAGGUCCCCGACACUGAUCGUGAGAUGGACUUGACUUUCUACGACACCAACGGCAACGUUGAGACUGCUGACUCUGACGGUGACACCACCAUGAAAUCAAUUGAGCAUGGCGACGAUACUUCUAGCUCCAUUGAUGAGCCCGUAUCGGCCGACGGCAGCGUCACCACUGCCAGCGACGAGGAGUCUGAUUGCGACAAGGAGUCUGCUUGCGACGAGGAGUCUGACUGCGACGAGGAGUCUGACUGCGACGGCGACAUCACCAUGAAGCCAAUUGAGCAGGACGAUGAUGCCUCCAGCGCCAUCGAGAAACCUGCCUGGGCCGACACCAGCAUCACCACUGCCGACGGCGAUUCUUCCGAGGACGACGCUGACGACUCGGACGACGAGGGCUCCGUCACCUCUCUGCCCGCGAAAGGCGACAAGCUGUGGGUCUUGCUUGAGGAACGCGACUACUAUUCCGAUGACGACGGCGAUAAAAUUGAGUACGACAAGUACGCCUUCAAGCCCAAGAGGUACCGCCUCAAGCGCAACCCGCACGUUGAGAAAGCAGCUCCCAAGCGUCCUCAAGGUGGCAAGAGCGUCCCCCAGGACGACGGAACGCAGGUCGUGUUCGAGGCAGAGAGCUUCAGGCCUGGUCUCGGCAAGAAUGUCGAGACCGACACCGAAUCAGAGUCGGAGUCAGAGCCUGAGCCAGAGCCUGAGCCACCAGUGAGGCCCUUUCGCCUCAGCGGCAAGGUUGGCGUGAAGCUGAACGAUGGCGACGAAGAAGAAGUGGAGACCGAUGAUGAGGAGGAGGAAAUCGUACCGAUCGACGAUGACCUCGCCCGCAACCUCGCCGAGGAAUACACUGUGAUGAUCGCCGAACAGACGCGCGACGCAUUCAAGUCCGACUUUGAGGAGUAUUUCCUGGGCAAACUCCAACAGAUCAAGCAUAACAAGAUGCAGCUCCGACGUCAGCUGGCACUUCUUGGCCAGUAUCACUUAAGCCCCAUCGAUAUCGCCUGGAACUAUGUUGUUCUGUACAACCAAAAGAUUCGCAAGCUCUGGAACGAGUGCAAUCACGGGAAUGCCGACGAGAGAGGCCGCGUGAUGAGGCAGAUUGACGACCUCAACCGCAAGCGGAGGCAACGACUCGAGGAAGUUAACGAGCUGCCAGACUGUCCCGUCCAAACAUGGGAUUUCACCGGCUGGGUCGACUCUCGGGAUCGUAAUCGCAAAGCUCGUUCCACUGAGAAGCCAAAGCCAGUCAACAAGCCCAAGACAGUCAAGCUUCCUAAGACAAUUGAGAAGCCACAGACCAUCGAGAAGUCCCCAUCAAUCGAGAAGCCCCAGAGCAUCGAGAAGCCCAAGGUGGUGGCCAGCCAAGAUCUGCUCACGCAGAGCGCUAGCACCCUCGAAGGCGACUAUGGCGUUUCCACAGAGGAUCCUUUUUCCAUGCAUUCAUUUGAAGCAGAAGGCACGAGCUUUUUUGAGGCCGAGUUCGAGGCACUGGAUUUCAGCAAGAAAUACGAAUCUCAGCUCGCUUCCUCUGGAACGAGCCUCUUGGAGGAUCCGACCAUUAGCGCCGCUGAAGAGCAGGAGCAGCAACAGUUCUCUGCGUCGACCGAGCAGGUACCUGCCAUCGAGCACCAAAUCGAAUCUAGUGACGACACGAAUGUCUACGAUUCUCUCUUCAGCGAUUCCGAAGGCGGCGACCAGCUCGAGCCUGAUCUGUCAUCUUCCCAAACCACUGAGGAGCUCCAGACUUCUGAGCACGCAGCUGAUGUUUCUCCCAUUGGCCAGCAUGUUUCUCUUGAGGAGCAAGUUGUCGAAAACAAUGAUUCAGACUCUCUUUUCGGUGAUUGCGAGGAAGACAAUCAGCUUGAGACUGCUCUGGGAUGUUCUCAGACUACUGAGGAGCCCCGGAUCUCUGACCACGCAGCCGAUGCUGCCCCCGUCAAAGAACAUGUUUCUCCUGAAGCGCAAGUUGUUGAGAACAACGACUUCGGAUCCCUUUUCAGCGAUGACGAGGAAGAUGAGCAGCCCGAGCCUGGUCCGGCAUCUUUCCAAGCCACUGAGGAGGCACAAAUCUCUGAGGUCGCAGCCAAACCCUCCACCCUCAUCCAGCCAGCUGUGCAGGAGCAAGUCACCCAGGGCAACAUUGGCAACGAUGACUCUCUCGUCAGCAGCGUGGUUCAAGAGGUGGAUCUCGAGAUAGCCUCCGUCCCGUGCCAGAUCACAAAUGAGCCACAAUCCAUCAGCAACAUUGGCAGCGAGGCCAACAACUUCCCUGGUACCACUGCCGAUGGCCAGAGUUCCGAGCACUUGGUUGGUGAGGCUGUUCCCAACGCGGAUGCUGCAGUACCGCAGCAAGCUCUUGCUCCCGCUGAGCAGAUGCCAGUUGCCGCAGAUGAGUCAAACGUCGGCGUUGUCGAUGAGGCCGGUUUCUGGGACGGUCCCUGGCUACCGGUUGAGGGAGACCACUUCUCUCAGGAGAUCUUGGCCGAAGAGAUGUCUGGCCCAAUGCCACUGUCACGCAGCGGGGAGGAGUAUGGAGAAAUGUUCCAUCAGUCGUUGCUCGGAGCACCCUCCACUCAGGUCUUCGAACAAAAUCUCGGCCUGUUUCCCAACACGCUGUCCAACCAGGAAGUCGACGCAUUGCCAGAACAGAACUCCGCGGUAUUGCCUGACCAGGGACUUCGAGCUGACCAUCAGAUUGCGGAUCAUCUUGCGCCAAAGGAACAGGCAGCCCCAGAUGCUGCGCUUGUCAAGCCAGUCGCCAUUUCCACCCAAGAGGGCGAGGGACUCGGGGCAGACUCUCAGAUUGCCGAGCAGAUUGCCCAGGAGAACCAGUCAACCCCAGAUGCCACGUCUGUCGAGCAAGUCGCCGUCUCUGCCCAACAGGGCCAGGUCGUUGCCGGCAAGAGCAAGGGUGCUACCUACGACGCAACUCAAAAGUACCUAGAUGCAUCUGACUGGAGGUCGUCGGCUCCGUGGAACACCAUGCCCAAGCGCCCAACCUACGAGGAGCUGCUCCCAAACCUCGAAGAACCCAUAUUGCGGGGAGAAAUCGAGAAACUCUUUGCUGCGGCUUCAGAGAGGCUCAGCCCAUUCAUCCGCUCUUGGGAAUCGUGCUCGUUGAAGCAGUUUCACAUGUUUGCCCUGGCAAAGGACGAGUUCCAGGCUCAAGAGCUGAAGAAAUACGAAUCUGUAUUCAAAGCUGGAGGUCAGUACGUCGUUCAAUUUGCGGACGAGUUCAGUGAGAUACCGGUCGGAAAGAAGACAGAAGUCGUCGACAAUGGGCACUCCGUCUUCAAUUGCCUUGUUCCCCAGCUGCCAACUCAGGACACAACGCAGAGGAAGUCUGUUGCCGUCAUCGAUCUGACAGAAGAUGAUGCGCCUUCUCUCAACACUGCUGUUCCUCAUAGGGUGCCACGACCCGCGCUCCUUGCACCUGCGGAAAUUGUUGCUUCCAUCGAGACAGAUCCUCCCACAGCGAGUAAAGCGUCCAAUGCCAAGGGCCCUUCAACGCCCAAGAGGCCGGCAGCAAAGAAGAAGAAGGCCACAAGCCCCAUCAAGAACAACGUGCCGGAGAUUGACCUCCAAGCACCUGUCGACGAAGGCACCUUCGCGGGUGUCUCUGCUACGCCGAUCAGCAGUAUCGAGACAGCUACGCCCGUCCAGGGUAAUGGUGAUGACGAUGAUGAGAUCUGGCAGAAUGGCUGGUCUGACCAGACGUUUUCCAACAGUGAGCCGUCUCCCAACUCGCCCUCGGAUCAGGAGCUUGCUUCCAUGAAAUACUCUGUGGCCUCAGAUAAUGUCAGUCGGGGCCUGGCCACCAGCCAGUCUCCAGCCCAGAAACCCACUGGUGCCGCCACAGGUUCGCUCAGCUCUGUACAGGAACGCCACAGUGCCCUCAAUCACCAGCUGUCUCAGAAUCCCCAAGUGGCCGGUAACAUUCCUGCAACUCCUGCGGCUGCCCCAGGUCCAGUGGCGGGCCCUUCCAAUGCUGCGCAGCCGGUCCAGCAAGAGCCAGCUAGGCCAGGUAAGCGUCACGUUGGACGCCCCCAUAAGGACCAGAGCGAGUUGGCCAGCCCUCGGAAACACAAGCUCAAGCACCCGGAUUCUCCUUGUGCCGCGCCCACCAAGCGAAGCUACAAGCGCCGCAAGCAGAAUGCGAAGGCGGAUGACGACGAGGAUGAUGUGCCCCCGGGACAGCAGCGAGGCACACCCGAGAAGCCCGAAGAAUACUACGAAGCUGCGCCCAAUCGGUCCCUGAGCCUGGAGACUUCCCCUAAGGAUUAUGUCAAAAACAUAGCUGAAGGCACCAAGGGCCGGAAGAGAAAGGCCCCCGCACCCAAGAAGACUCCUGCUCCUCGCAAGGCGCAAAAGACCAAGCAGUCAACUGCCGACGCUGUGGCCCCGCAGCCUGGCGACGGUGAAACCGUGUCUGGCACCCCCGAGCCCAGACGUUACCGGCCCAUUGCUCCCGCUCCAGCCCGCGAUCAAGACGAGGCCAGUGGUGUGCAGGUGCAGCAGCCUGCGAGUACUCCGGCGCGCGGCAUGGACGGUAUAGAGCCUUUGCCCAAUGCCCAGAUAGCUGGAAACGAACCCCAUAUGCACUCGGCAGCACCUUACGCCCAGAACGGCCAGCCUCAUGCGGCUCAACAGAUGCACCAGCAGGACUUCCCGCAGGUGCAGCAACAGGGCUUCCAGCCUAUGGCGCAGCAUGAUUACCAGCAAAUGCAGCAACACGGUUACCAGUACCCAAUGGACCACCAGCAAGGCUUCCAUCAUAUGCCACAGAAUGGUCAGCAGUACCCAAUGGACCACCAGCAGGGCUUCCAGUAUAUGCCGCAGUAUCACCAUCACAUGGGCCAGCCGAUGGGGUUCGGCCAGCCUAUGCAGCAGCAGGGUGUUGGUCAGCCAUCAUAUGAUGAUUUGGCCGAGGAGGCGCGGGAGGCAGAGGAGCUCAGAGCUAAGCAAGCCAAGCGACGCAUGGAGCGUCAGUCUCAGCAGAUGCGGCAGCAGAAUUAUCAGCAUCACAGGGCUCCGUCCCAGAUGGCUCCAAGCCAGCCCAUGCCGGCGCCGGGCGUUGCGUCUUACCCGAUGAAUAUGCACCAGGGCUACCAGCAGGCCGCUCCAAGCGUUGCAUACCCGCCUCGCAUGGCACCCAACCAGAAUGGAUACCCAGCGCCCAUGGCACCCAACCGGAACGGAUACCCAGCGCCCAUGGCACCCAACCAGAAUGGAUACCCAGCUCCUAUGUCUUCCAGCCAGAAUGGAUAUCCGGCGCCUAUGGGCUUCCCUCAGAACGGCCAACACACGAACAUCUAG